AUGUCGUAUGUACACUAUAAGUUUUCUUCCAAACUGCACUACAAGACAGUCCCUUUCGAUGGGCUGCAUAUCACCCUCAAGGAGCUAAAAAGGAAGAUUAUGGGCCGGGAGUGCCUCAAGGCCACAAAAGCUGACCUGCAGAUCACCAAUGAGCAGACUGGUGAAGAAUAUACCGAUGAUGAAGCCCACAUCCGGAAACACUCCUCCGUGAUUGUGCACCGCACUCCCCCUGGUGGAGUAAAGCCCGCUGGCAGGACGUUCAUUGUAACUACAUCCAACCUGAAUGAAUUUACAAUAGACUUCCACAAAGAGCUUAUGAAGUCCAAAAAUUCACCAAAGAGACGAAGACCAUCUUAUUCCAGGUCCCGGUCAGUCAGUCGCUCUGACAGUCGCUUCAGGUCCUGGUCUCGCUCCCCUGGUGGCUUCUGGAGCCGCAGCCCUGGUGGACGGAAGCCACCUCCUCGGGAGCUUCCACAGUUAGAACUAAAGGGACCAACUCCUGGAGCCCGCCGGGAGAGAGAAAGGUAUCGACAAUGGGAAAAAGAGUACACAGACUGGUGCAACAAAUGCUACAAAGACUACGACAACCAACACCCCUCAAUCAAUAAAACACCUCCCAUCUCCUCAAAACCUGCAUCUGGCUCUGGAGUCGCUAAAGCUCCUACUUCUAAAAGUGCUGCUGCACCCGCUAAGCCCUCAAACAAGACCGUAUCCAAGACCCAGUCUGAUAACACCAGGAAAGAGAAGGCUCAGAAAGUAAAACCUAAAGAGAAGGCAGAGGCUGUGAAGGAAAAGAAUGACAAGGUAAAGCAAAAGACCCCAGAAGCAGUGGUCAUCAAAAAGAAAGACUCCUCGUCCUCUGUCGCUAAACCGAUUAAGACCAUUAAAGCAAAUCCAGAAGAUAAUUUCAACUCAACUACCCCCAAAAAGGAAAAGAAUCCAACAGUACAACAGAAGGGGCUGGACGAAAGGAGCUGUCUGCAUCUGCAGAGAGGAGAGCCUCUCGCGAAAGACCAGGGAGUGCUGGAGAGAGACUGCAGGGCUCAGACCGAGAGCAGGACAGAGUCUCAGGACCAGACAGAGAUCGAGACAGAGUGUCUGGAUCAGACAGAGACAGAGUCAGUCGCUCUGACAGUCGCCCAGGUCCUGGUCUGCCUCCCUGGUGGCUUCUGGAGCCGCAGCCCUGGUGGACGGAAGCCACCUCCUCGGGAGCUUCCACAGUUAGAACUAAAGGGACCAACUCCUGGAGCCCGCCGGGAGAGAGAAAGGUAUCGACAAUGGGAAAAAGAGUACACAGACUGGUGCAACAAAUGCUACAAAGACUACGACAACCAACACCCCUCAAUCAAUAAAACACCUCCCGUCUCCUCAAAACCUGCAUCUGGCUCUGGAGUCGCUAAAGCUCCUACUUCUAAAAGUCCUGCUGCACCCGCUAAGCCCUCAAACAAGACCGUAUCCAAGACCCAGUCUGAUAACACCAGGAAAGAGAAGGCUCAGAAAGUAAAACCUAAAGUGAAGACAGAGGCUGUGAAGGAAAAGAACGACAAGGUAAACCAAAAGACCCCAGAAGCAGUGGUCAUCAAAAAGAAAGACUCCUCGUCCUCCUCCUCCUCCUCUGUCGCUAAACCGGUUAAGACCAUUAAAGCAAAUCCAGAAGAUAAUUUCAACUCAACUACCCCCAAAAAGGAAAAGAGUAAAAGCUCUACAGUGAGGCCUCCCCUGCUUAAGACCCCUCCACUUUCCUCCCAGACCCUGCCUCUACCUCAUCCUUCUCUUCCCGAUGGCCCUCGACUCAGCCAUGACAUUCGGGGAAGAAGAGAUCUUCCACCAGGUAGUGGUCUCCUCCCAAUGCCACCCGCCCAGAGGAGGAUCAAGUUGAACAGAUAUCUGGGGAGAAAAGGCAGCACUGAGACGUCUGCCUCAGACAGAGCACCAUUAGGUCCUGAGAAGAUGUCGUCCACAUCAGACCGAUCAGCUUCUUCCAGCGUUUCCGAAGGUGACAGAUCCAACAGUACAACAGAAGGGGCUGGACGAAAGGAGCUGUCUGCAUCUGCAGAGAGGAGAGCCUCUCGCGAAAGACCAGGGAGUGCUGGAGAGAGACUGCAGGGCUCAGACCGAGAGCAGGACAGAGUCUCAGGACCAGACAGAGAUCGAGACAGAGUGUCUGGAUCAGACAGAGACAGAGGUGUGGCCUCUGAAAGAGAGAGAGAGAGGGACAGGGUUUCGGGGUCGAGCUCACAGAAAGUAGCAGCGACAGCGGAGAGAGACGGCGACAGAGAGAGGUCAGUUGUUGUUUACUACCUUAAUGUUUUUAAGAUUUUGUUUAUUACUUUUGUGGAAUACUUGAGAUCUUGAGUUGGACCCCCUUUCACAAAGCAAUU